AUGGCGAAAUUGAGUUAUGCGUCAAAACCGAAAACUAGUCCGUAUAUUUACAAAACGUUUGUGGAUACUUUAUGUGAGCUGGCUAAAGAUGAACCAGAGAGAACAGCGUUCAUAUUCUACGAUUUAAACCACGUACGUUCAUCUCUAAGUCGACAAGAGCUGCUAGACAGGGCUACCGAGUCUGCAAAGAAAUUUGUGAAAAUGGGCCUGGUAAAAGGGACUACUGUCGGUGUUUGCAUGAAUAAUUCAUUGGAGAUGUUGAUUUUGAAUAUCGGCAUCAUGAUAGCUGGUGGAAUUCCUUUCUUCUUUCAAACUAACCUGAAAGACGGAAGUGACGUCAAGGAUAUCUUUAAUUUGCUUGGUGGAGAGUUAUUGAUCACGGACGCUGGCCCCGGUGAUGAAAACUGGAUGAUUAUUGACAAAGUUUGGCCUUUUAAUGAAGACAAAUGUUCAUUGAUACCCUCUUUAAAAACUAUUUUGUUCAAUGGAAAGGAGCAACCUGAUAUAAAUUCAACAAUGCGAAAGAGUGUUGCGGAUUUCCUCGCUGCAGAUAUUCCGGACGGCGUAACAUUUCCACAGAUUCAACCUGAGGACACACUGGCAUACUUUUGCACGUCCGGCUCUACUGGAAGUUCAAAGGUGGUUACUGUAACACAUUACGGGGUGAUGAACUGGACCGAACGGAUGAGUGAGCGGUUUGGCGUUACUAAACACUCCGUUUGGUUUUGCGAUCGCACUUUCGGUUGGCUUGUUGGCUUCCCACGGACAUACCUCACGGACGGGACGACGCGAGUUUUUGUAGAUACGCGAAUGACGAUUGAUGGCCGAAACGUAGGGUUUAUUGCUGAUAUUAUUGAGAAAGAAGGAUGCGACCUCGUUUACCUUCCAAAUUAUAUUGCAGUAGAUAUGUUAGGUCGACCAGAACUUGGACACAAAUUCAAGAAGGUUGUGCUUAUUCAGAUGGCCGGUGAACGCAUCACUAAAGCUGUCGUGGAUAAGUUGCAGAAGGUUUUCAAUUGUAAGCGAAUAAUGUCGAACUACGGUAUUACUGAGAUGGGAGGUGUAAGCACCUACAUCACAACCGAAAGUUCUGGAGAAUUCGAGGAUGGUAUAAUAGGCGAACCUUUAGAUGGUUUAGAGAUGAAAAUAGCAGACGACACUGGGUCUGUUGUUCCGGUCGGAAUCCAAGGCGAAUUGCUCACCCGCGCGACCUGGAAGUUUGCUGGAUAUCGAGGCUUAUUAGGUGAUCCGUCUGGAGGCACCGUCGACGCCUUAGGUUGGUUCCAUACUGGCGACAUUGCUCAUUUGCGUCCCGACGGAAAUUUCGUCAUCGACGGUCGUUUCAAAGAGUUUGUGUCAAUAGGCUCGAUGAAAUUUUUUCCUUGGUCUGCUGAGAAAAUAUUGAAAACGUGCCCGGGAGCUGCAGCAGCAUUCGCCGUCGGUGUUCCUGACAAACGUUUAAAACAGGUCAUUUGCGCGUGCGUAGUUCCAAUACCGGGAGCAGGACUGACGGUAGAGCUUUUGAAGAGUUUUUGCUCUGAGAAGUUUGUGGAAGAUUCAAUAGGACCAGCAGUCGGUCUAAAGCCAAAAUACCAUAUACUGCUGGAAACUGUACCCUUGCUGGCAUCGGGAAAAAACAACAGGAGAAAACUAGCUGAAAUUGCGAGAGAAAAACUAAAUCUAUCUGACAUUUAA